UCACACUUUAUUGAACUUUGGAUAACUUUAAUUUUACCUGCCAAAGACUCAAGAACCUUUGAGGCUUAAAGGAUAAACUAUCAUCUACAAGCUUUGAGUCGACCAUCCCUUCAGCAGCCAUGGGUGCAUUUAUUGCCAAGAUGCUGCUCCCUACAGUCAGCAGCCUGGUGUUCCUGCCUACAGCCAGCGUGGCCGCCAAGAGGGGCUUCCACAUGGAGGCCAUGGUCUACUUUUUCACCAUGUUCUUCACUGCGAUCUACCAUGCAUGUGAUGGGCCAGGUCUCUCCAUCUUGUGUUUCAUGAGAUACGACAUCCUGGAGUACUUCAGCGUUUACGGCACUGCACUCUCAAUGUGGGUCACACUUAUAGCUCUGGGUGACUUUGAUGAACCCCAGCGCUCCACUAUGACUAUGUUUGGAGUGUUAACCAUCGCUGUGAGGAUCUACCAGGACCGCUGGGGCUACGGGAUCUACUCCGGGCCAAUCGGAUCAGCUGUCUUCAUCAUUACUGUCAAAUGGCUGCAGAAGAUGAAGCAGCUGAGGGCGGUUUAUCCGGAGAAGACAGUGUACACGCAGCAGGUCGGUCCAGGCUGCUGCUUCGGUGCUCUCGCUCUAAUGCUGCGCUUCUACUUUGAGGAGUGGGACUACGCCUAUGUCCACAGCUUCUACCAUCUGUCUCUGGCUGUUUCCUUCGUGCUGCUGCUGCCAAAGAAGAACCGCUAUGCAGGGACGGGAGAGAACGCUGCUAAGCUCAGCUGCUUCACCCUCUGCUGCUGUACCAUGUCCCCCGGUUCUUCUAAAGAGAAGAAAGACAAGAAAGACAAACCGAAAAAGAAGUCAUCUCGGACUGUGUGGACGGUCCCCACAGAAAAGCCGUGGGCACGAGGCUGUAGCACCCCCACCCUGCCUCUUUAUAACCCCCCUCCAUCCACACCUGUCAAAGGGACCAGUAUCAGCAAGCUCAAAGAGAUGAACGGCUGGAAGUGAACCCAAAAACAUACCUACAUGUCAGUGUGCGUAAUUUCAUGGAGAAGAUCAGGCGUAGAUAGAGGUCAACUGGAAAAUCACCAAAUAACUGACAGAAUGCUGAUAGACUCGUAUAUGGCUGGUAAGUUAAUCUACUUCAGCAGGAAACCAACAAUCAUGUGGAUGUUCCCUUCUACU